AUUUACAGGAAUUUUGGAAUGCUUAUUAUGUUGCCAUUCGUUAUCACAAAAUAUUUGAUUGUUUUGACAAUAAUUAUAAUAUUAUCAAUUGCGGAAACAGAUGCACAAGCAGAUGUACGAACACUUGUAUCCUUCAUCAAUAAUUUAGUACGCGCCGACGUAAGUUACAUAUCUCUUAUUAGUUUCAAACCUUGA